AUACACUACAAGCCUGGAAAAUGGCAGUCUUGUGGUUUGUGAGAGAUCUCUAUCUGGUUCUGGGAGUGGCCCUAAUGCAGUUGCUGCUGCUCAGUUUGUAAGGGCUGAAAUGCUUCCUAGCGGCUAUUUGAUUCGACCAUGUGAAGGUGGAGGGUCAUUUAUUCACAUCGUAGACCACCUAAAUCUUGAGGUGGCUGCUCUUGUUCCUAAAGGGGAGCUUGAUGGUGAAAUGGGGGAUGCACACAUGGCAAUGCAGGCUAGGUUGAUGAGCCAGGCCCUUCGGAAAUUAAGCCACUCCUUGUCAGUUUCUCCAAUGUAUAUUGAUUUUUAUAAACCAGAUUUUGGGAAGCCAGGUACUUGUCAAGGUUGUGAAGAACAAGCUUGCCCCUCCAUUUAAAACUGCUGAGUUUGAGCUUCAAUUUGGCGAGGGUAUAAAUAGAGAAUGUGAGAUCAUAGACUUGAGUGUAAAA